GUUAUCUCUGCUUGAGCAUUUGUAAAUGCAUCCUAAGUAUCCAUCUAUUCCGUAUUCGUAACAGUUUAUUGUCAUUUUGAGUUCAUUUAAGAAUUCCGGAGGAAAAUCGAAAACGACGACUUUGAGGAAAUUUAUAUUCAUUAUACAAGUACUUCGUUAUUGUAUAUAUGUAACAAAUAGUAACCACGUGGUUUGUUAUAUCAGAAGGAUGAUUGUUGAUUAUUCUACUAAUUUGUUAAAAAAUAUCCAUGAAAGCCUUCCUACUUUCGGUACAGGCAAGAGUACGAUUAUACGAGGAAUUUAUGAAUAUUGGCAUUAUGGUUGUGAUGGUUUUAAUGAUAGGGGAUGGGGUUGUGGAUAUAGAACAUUGCAAACCAUUUGUUCAUGGAUUAUAAUUAAUAAGAAUUUACAAGAAAAAGUUCCAAGUAUACGAAAAAUUCAAGAAACGCUUGUUACAUUGGAGGAUAAAGAGAAACCAUUUAUCGGGUCAAAAGAUUGGAUAGGAUGCUUCGAAGUAUGUCUUAUUCUGGAUAAUUUAUAUAACGUAAAUAGUAAAAUUGUUCACAUUAGAAGUGGUCGAGAACUGUCAAAAUAUUUGCAUGUCAUUAGACAACAUUUCGAAGAAUUUGGAUGUCCAAUUAUGAUGGGAGGAGAUCAAGAUUGUUCUAGUAAAUGUAUCAUUGGUAUACAUAUUGGAUUGAAAGAAGUCUAUUUGUUAAUCGUUGAUCCGCACUUUAUAGGUAAAGCCAAAAGCAUAGAAGAAUUAAAAAGUAAUCAAUGGGUAAGAUGGCAAAGUAUUAGAGACUUUGUUUACAGUUCCUUUUAUAAUCUUUGUUUACCACAAAUUAAAAUAACUUGAUAUACA